AUGGAAAGCGGCCGUAAGCGUGCUUCUUUGGCAUGCAACUAUUGUCGGAGGCGGAAACGCCGCUGCAAUGGCGCGCUACCCUCCUGCAGCCUCUGUGAGGAUUCGGGCAUCGAUUGUGUUUAUAACGAAGCUGAUUCUUCGAGGUCCCGAGGAGAGACCUCCUCAUCGGAAUUCUUCCGUCGUCUUGAGGCAAUUGAGAACUUUCUGUGGAGUAGCCCGAGACUUCCACAAACACCUCAGACUGGUGAAACAAGAAGUGCUGGUUUUAUUUUUCCAUCCUCGUCUGAGCAUGAAGGUGCGAGCUUUUCUCAUCCCUCCACCAUGUUGAUCUCGCCCCCGUCGAGGCCCAACCCGGCGGAUAUCUCCCAGCUUAUUAGUACAAAUGCCUCUUCUUUCAUACCACCUGAACAUGACAUUCCGCCCAUGAGUAUUCCCAUUGGCCACACCACAACAACCGAAUAUAUGCUACAUAUGAACAAAGUAAAAACACUCUUCGGGGAGUUUCCACCAGACCUGUUCAUACGCGCAGAAUCAAAAAGGCACAUGCCACACCAACUAUCUUUCGUCCCAGGUACAAUUACAGCGAGUCAGUUGCCAAUCCUCGAUGAAGCGAGCAUUUAUCCACUGGUAGAGGCAUAUUUUAAGUACGUCCAUGUUGAGAUGCCGAUCCUUGACAAAGACCAAUUUUUGGGGCUUUGUGAUCACCAUACUAGAGCCGGUCUGAAUGUUGACUGUGACUCUGCUCUAUGUCUUGCAGUUCUUGCAUUAGGAUCUGCAGCUCUAGAGCAGGUUGACCCGACAAAGUCUAACUCUCCAUACUGGGUGCCUGGAGCGGAGUUCAUUUCACCUGCUUUGCAGAUUUUGAUGAACGAAUAUCUACUGUCGUUUUGUCCCACAAUUACCCUUCCUCAGAGCUUGAUACUCAUCUCGAAAUACUUUGGGUUUCUUUUGCGCCCCUUACAGUCAUGGAAACUGAUACACAUGGCUUCUACCAGCAUCCAAUAUUUGAAUAGCCGUGGUUGGUUUCUUGGUCCCAUCUGGAAAAGCCACGCUUAUGCUGACAUGGAUGACAGUGAUCUGAUAGCUGAACAUCAUCUACCACGAAGUGGCAUCGAACAUGUUAUUGAUCUGACACCUUUCCCAACCUUUACGAAUCAUGAUGCCCAAGAAACACACGUCUUCCUUGCCGAACUGUCCGUCCGCCGUCUGCUUAACAGAGUACACCACACUAUGUACGGAAGUGACUGGACAAGGCGCAGCUUGGGCUUACAGCCAGCUUCAAGCGACAGCCCGUCUUAUGACUUCCAGUCCCUCUCUACAAUCCUGAAUGUCUCUCAAGAGCUUGACCGCCAGCUCGAUAAUUGGUUUAACUUGUUGCCGGGUACAAUCAAACCAGAUAUUAAUGAUCCGUCUCGAUGUACUGGCCUUCAACUCAACAUGCUCCACCGCUUUCACUCCGCGAAGGAUAUCAUUACCAGACCAUUUCUUCUGUGUGCAAUUGACUCGUCACCUGAGAAUGAUCUUCCCCCAAUGGUGCUCAAACAGUGCGAGUCUAGUAUAGCCAACUGUCGCGAGUAUCUGGAUGCCUCAGCGCGAAGACUGAUGGGGCCGUCAUCUUGCGCGGAGAUCGUUAUUCAUACGUAA